AUGCCAAGGCCUCUGCAGCGAGGUGUAUCUGGGGUUCGGGUCCCUGACAGCAAACAUGACUUGUGGGACUCCCAAUCCAAAGAUAAAGUAGAAAAGGAAGAUUUUGAUAAGAGAGUUUCUUCAGAUCAUAGACCUCUAACACUGAGGUUGUUCCCUUUGAGGUUGCCUUUUGCAGAUAAUUCUCAUUCUAAAUAUGGCAAUGGCAAUGGCAUCUCUGAGAAUGGUUUCGCUUCUGAUGCUUUGAUUGUUGGCACCCCGCGAAGCCGGCUUAAGUUGAUGUUGCUUUUUUUGAAGUUUAUUUUAGUGUUUAUAGUUAUUCUUGCUCUUACUGGAUCCUUUUGGUGGUCGAUAUCGAUUUCAUCCUCAUCAAGAGGUCACAUUCACCAUGGUUAUAGAAGACUCCAAGAAAAGCUUGUGUCAGACCUGUUGGACAUUGGCGAGUUUUCUCGUGGUCCCUCGAGGUUGAGAGAAUUGGAAUUCUGUUCUCAUGAGUUGGAAAACUUUGUUCCUUGCUUUAAUGUUUCUGAGAAUGUGGCUAUGGAUGGCAAUGAGUUUGAUCGGCAAUGCGGCCAUGAGCACAGACAAAACUGUUUGGCUCUUCCACCAGUGAAUUACAAAAUUCCUCUUAGGUGGCCUACUGGAAGAGAUGUUAUCUGGGUUGCUAAUGUCAAAAUCACUGCACAAGAGGUUCUUUCUUCUGGAAGCUUGACCAAGAGGAUGAUGAUGCUGGAUGAUGAGCAAAUUUCCUUUCGUUCUGCCUCUCUCAUGUUUGAUGGUGUGGAAGACUACUCACAUCAAAUUGCUGAAAUGAUUGGACUUAGAAAUGAAUCUAACUUCAUACAAGCUGGGGUUCGAACUAUACUAGACAUUGGUUGUGGCUAUGGUAGCUUUGGAGCGCACCUUUUUCACAGUCAACUUUUAACUAUGUGCAUUGCAAACUAUGAGCCUUCUGGCAGUCAAGUUCAGCUCACUCUCGAGAGGGGUCUUCCUGCUAUGAUUGCUUCUUUCACUUCAAAACAGUUGCCAUAUCCAUCUCUAUCGUUUGAUAUGUUACAUUGCGCAAGAUGUGGCAUUGAUUGGGACCAGAAAGAUGGCAUUCUCUUAAUUGAAGCUGAUAGACUUUUGAAACCUGGUGGAUACUUUGUCUGGACAUCACCGCUUACAAAUGCUCGUAACAAAGAGAAUCAAAUAAGGUGGAAGUUUGUACAUGAUUUUACAAAAAAUCUGUGCUGGGAAAUGUUGUCACAGCAAGAUGAAACUGUUGUAUGGAAGAAAACUAGUAAAAAGAGUUGCUAUACUUCAAGAAAGCCUGGUUCUGGCCCUUCUUUGUGUGGUAAAGGUCAUGAUGUGGAGUCUCCAUAUUAUCGAGAACUGGAAAACUGUAUUGGAGGAACACACAGCAGCCGUUGGAUUUCAAUUGAACAAAGGAAAACAUGGCCUUCCCGUGCUAACUUGAACAAGAACGAGCUAGCAAUCUAUGGGUUGCAGUCUGAUGAAUUUGCUGAGGACUCUGACAGCUGGAGAACUGCAGUUCAUAAUUAUUGGUCGCUCAUGUCACCUUUAAUAUUUUCUGAUCAUCCGAAGAGGCCUGGUGAAGAGGACCCUUCACCACCUUACAACAUAUUCAGAAAUGUGCUAGACAUGAAUGCUCAUUUUGGUGGUUUUAAUUCUGCAUUGUUGCAAGCUAGAAAGUCUGUGUGGAUCAUGAAUGUGGUCCCAGUAAGUGGACCCAACCAUCUUCCCUUGAUACUGGACAGAGGUUUCGUUGGCGUUUUGCAUGAUUGGUGUGAGGCCUUUCCAACAUAUCCUAGAACCUAUGACUUGGUGCAUGCAGCAGGACUUCUAUCCCUUGAAACUGCUCAGCAGCGCAGAUGCACCAUGCUUGAUCUGUUCAUUGAAAUUGACAGGUUACUUCGCCCAGAGGGUUGGAUUAUAAUUCGUGACACAGUUCCUUUAAUAGAAUCAGCUAGAGCUUUAACAACACAGCUGAAGUGGGAUGCACGAGUGAUAGAAAUUGAAAGUGACAGCGAUCAGAGACUCCUGAUCUGCCAGAAACCUUUCUUUAAGAGACAGGCAAGCUAAUUAAUUGAUGGCCUGAAUAAAUUAGACCAUAAUAUACAUAUAUUCAUUUCCAUAAUGUUCAUUUAUUAUCAUAAAGCUCCCCCAUACAAAGUGGGGAUUGAAAAUUUUGGACAGAAAGGAAGCCAAAAAAGCAAUAGAGGAAAAUAGUGUAUCCUUGUCAAUGAUAUCACCUCAUCUCCUAUGUAGCCAUAAGGUGUACAUAGGGUCAUGUAAUUACCAAACAAGCUGCAGACCAGAUGAGAAAGUAUACUUGUAGAUUUACUUUUGCAUGUAAUGUCUGAUUAGAGUUACAAAAACACAAUAUUAAGAUUCGGAAGAUGAUGAUAGAGUAAGUUAUUGCUGUUUGCUGUGGUGUAUAAAAUGCUCUGCAGUCAA